AAAUUGGCCUAGUGUGUCAAGAUAACUGGACUCACUGUAAGAACUCACACCACAGUUCAAAAUGGCUAACAAAAUACCCACUAUCAAGCUGAAUACUGGUUAUGAUAUGCCAGUUCUUGGAUAUGGCACUUUUAAUCUUUUUAAGGAUAAUGAAGUAAGAGAUGCAUGUAAAGUAGCUAUUGAUGCUGGUUACCGCCAUAUUGAUACAGCCUGGGUUUAUAAAACAGAGAAUGAAGUAGGUGAUGCUGUAACUUCCAAGACAGAAGAAGGUGUUAUCAAACGUUCAGAUUUAUUCAUUACCACCAAGCUAUGGAUUGCCUUCCAUAAUCCUAAUGAUGUUGAAGGUGCUUGUCGAGAUUCACUACAAAAACUACAGACUGAUUAUUUAGAUUUAUUCCUCAUUCACUGGCCUUUUGCCGUGGCAAUGGAAGAAUUAGUUAUUAAAGGUCUAGUCAGAACAAUUGGUGUAUCAAACUUUAAUUUAGAACAACUCAAACGACUAUUAGCAGCAGAUUUACGAUAUAAACCAGCAGUAAUUCAGGUUGAAGUACAUCCUUAUUUUAGUAACAGUGAACUAAUAGAAUACUGUAAAAAAGAGGGGAUUGUUGUGACCGCUUAUUCUCCACUGGGUAAAGGCGGGGCUAAAUACACCUCGGAAAGUUUACCAAAUAUACUGACUGAUGAGGUGAUAGUAAAGUUGGCAGAGAAAUAUAAAAAAUCACCAGCCCAGAUUGCUAUUAGAUGGGGAUUAGAGAGAGGUUACACAUUGGUACCAAAGAGUGUUACACCAGCAAGAAUCAAAGAAAAUUUAAAGGUUUUUGAUUUUUCGUUAACGAAAGAAGAGUUGGAAUCGAUAAAUAAACUCGAUCGAAAUUUUAAGGUGGUUACUUUAGAUAAGUUUAAAACAUUUCCAGAAUAUCCGUUUAAAUGGUUACUGUGAACAUACUAUUAUUGUUAUGUCAAGUUCUGUUAUACUCUUUAUAUUUAUAAACAAAACUCUAAUUG